AUGCGUUUUGCGACUCUGAAGAACGGUAGCGUAGCGGCGGUCACCGGGAAAGACCAGAUGGUCCUCCUGGACGGGGUCUGCGACUCCAUGAUCGAUCUGGCGGCAUCCUAUGAGGCGAACCGCGGGGCCGUCGACCGCGCGAUCUCGGAGAAGACCCCGGCAGGCCUCGACGCCGCUCAACUGGCGGCUCCCGUGCCGAAACCGUCAAAGGUGUGGGGCGCGGCCGGCAACUAUCACCGCGGCAGCAAGAACCUCACCAGCGCCGGUGGACGGGGCGAGGCCCGGGAAACACCUCCGGACGAACUCCUGGAGCAUAUCUUCCUCAAGCCGCCGUCCGCGGUCAUCGGCCCCGGGGAGAACAUCGUCAUUCCGGCCAACGCCGAAACCGUCUUCCCGGAGCUGGAGCUCGUCAUCCUCGACGUCACCGCCCGGGGAUACGGCUCGGGUAGGAACCUCAUGGGCACCCGCUGCGUGCGCAAGGGCUUCGACACCUUUGCGCCCGUAGGCCCCUGGAUCGUCACCCGCGACGAGAUACCCGACCCGCAAGCGCUCGACAUGCGCCUUUGGGUGAACGACGACCUGCGGCAGUCGGCCAGCACCGGCGGCAUGAUCAACGGCGUCGCCCGGCUGGUGAGCUACCUGUCCGAGGUAGGGACGCUCUAUCCCGGCGAUCUGAUCGCCAGCGGCAACCCGGACGCCCCGGCCUUCCAGAAACAACUGGCACCCGGCGACGAGCUGACCGCGGAGAUCGACGGGAUCGGCCAGCUCCGGCUGGGAGUGGCCCGCGCCGGCUAG